AUGAUUUUUCAAGCACUUUUUGAGUGUAUGGACUUCACUGGUUGGCUGUUGUUCGGUUUUGUGGUUUUACUUUUAAGUGAUGUUGUCAGAAACUGGAGGCCACACAACUUUCCACCUGGCCCCUGGGCUGUGCCUUUUCUGGGAAAUGUCUUCAAAGGAGUGGACUUCAAAACAAUGGACAAGCUUGCUGAGGAGUAUGGUCCAGUGUUCAGCCUGAGGAGAGGCAGUGAGAGGAUGGUGUUUGUUUCAGGAUACAAGAUGGUCAAAGAGGCUCUUGUCAACCAGCUGGAUAACUUUGUUGAUCGACCAAAUGUCCCUCUCUUCGAUGCUGUCUACAAGGGCCUUGGCGUAGCUUCGAGCAAUGGUUACCUGUGGAGGAAGCAGAGGAAGUUUGCCAACACUCACCUGCGUUACUUUGGAGAGGGCCAGAGGUCACUGGAAAAAUACAUUGAAGUGGAAAGCAACUUCAUUUGUGAAGCUUUUAAAGAUGAACAAGGACGACCUUUUAGUCCCCAAUACAUCCUAACGAAUGGAGUGAGUAACAUCAUCUCAUCUGUGGUCUUUGGACACCGCUUUGAAUACAGUGAUCGAAGCUUUCGUAAGGUUCUGGAGUUAGACCAAGAAGCCAUCAUGCUUGCUGGCUUGGCUCAGACUCAGCUGUACGAUGCCAUCCCUGGUUUGAUGAAGUACCUGCCAGGACCUCACCAGACUGUUUUUGCCAACUACAAAGAGAUCAUGACUUUCCUGAAAAAUGAAGUAGAGAAGCACCAGGAAGAGUGGAACCCUGCUGACCCUCGUGAUUAUAUUGAUGUUUACCUGUCAGAGAUGGAAAAGAAAAAGGAGGAUCCCCAGGCUGGCUUCAAUAUUGAAACUCUGCUGAUUUGCACUCUGGACUUGAUUGAGGCUGGGACAGAAACAACUGCCACCACUUUACGCUGGGCCCUCGUGUACAUGUUGCACUACCCAGAGAUACAGGAGAAAGUCCAGGCAGAGAUAGACAGAGUGAUCGGACAGUCGCGUCAACCCAACAUGGCCGACAGACCCAACCUGCCUUACACAGAAGCUGUCAUCCAUGAGACCCAAAGGAUGGGAAAUAUUGUUCCCUUGGGAUUCCCUAAAAUGGCCAGUAAAGACACCACACUGGGAGGAUACUUCAUACCCAAGGGCACUGCUAUUAAUACAAUGCUUGGGUCUGCGCUGUUUGAUAAGAAUGAGUGGGCGACUCCAGAUACCUUCAAUCCUGAGCAUUUCUUGGAUUCAGAGGGCCAGUUUCGCAGAAGAGACGCCUUCUUACCAUUUUCAGCUGGUAAACGUGUGUGUUUAGGGGAGCACCUGGCCAGAAUGGAGCUGUUCCUUUUCUUUACGAUCCUCCUCCAACGCUUCACCUUCUCUCCUGUUCCUGGAGAAAUGCCCAGUUUGGAGGGCAUGCUGGGCUUCACCCAUUCCCCCAAAGAUUUUAAGAUUGUAGCUGUGCCUCGAUGA